ACUAAAAUAGGCCCAACAGCUACCAGGCAAACAUUAAGGCCAGCUGAAACAACCCAGGCCAUUCAUUAAGACCAGGCAUCUACCCGUCUAUCACCUAAAACCAGCUCGGACACCAGUCAGACAGCUGCAAUACCAGAUACAUCCUUACUACCAGGCAUUUACGACCUGACCGCUGUAUCAUAAUACACAAUUGUAGCAGUUACACCAGGCCAGAAUCCCACAACAGGCAGUCAUACAGACACUAAAAAGAACCAGACUCUAAUACCAGACUAGGUAAUAAGCCAGCUGAAACUAAACCAACUGCACAGAACAGGCCAAACCAGACCAAGCGUUGNCAUCACUAAAAUACCACCUUGAACCAUCACCGCCACUCUAUCAGUUAAUUCAACAAUAUCAAUUAAUCCACCACUUACCACUUACCACCCACCAUGCUAGCCGCCCUCAAGAGCAUCGCCAACCCCACGGACGCCAAAAUCAAAUCAGCCACUGACAGCUCUCCUCUAGGCCCCUACAACCACGAGCUCAUCGAGCUCUCGUCGCUAACUUACACCCCCAAGGCGCUAGCCGCCAUAACAGCCACCUUGGCCAAAAGACUCCAGCUGGGAGNUCCCACCCCCCUCAAAAGGACCUAUUCCAGUCCCAUCACCACCAACUCCAACACCACCAUUCGCAGAGCUAAAACUGUUCCAGCACAUCCAAAAGUCAAGGCAGCAUCAGAGGAGACCAGCUUGAUCCUUCUCAAAACAGUCACAGUGGUGCUCUACCUCAUGCAAAACGGACUGGACGAAUUUGUACGGUGGAUUCGCAACUCGUGCAAGGCGUUGGUGGAGCCUCUCUUUGUACUCCAAGUACCUCUCAAGUAUCAGGACUCGUUGCGGUUCAAGACUCACAAGGUGGUGGCUCUCUGCCAGCACCAGGACCAGUUACGGGAGUAUCGGGUCAAUAUACAUCGUUUGCGGACAGAAAUGGCUACGCCAGGCGUCAAGCGUAGGUCAUCUGGGGGUCCUGAGCUCGAAAUGCCUAAUCUGGCAUGGCUAAAUUGCUUUUGUGCAUUUCCAGCAGAUUCUGUGCGUGGUGCAUUGCUUUUUCCUGCCUUCCGAGCACCAGCCGUCACGUGUAACCCUGUGGGCUGUUAUCUACCGCAUACAAAAUAGGGGGCGGCGUGAUUAGCCGCUCUGAGUAAUCAAUUUUGCGCUGGUAUAAAUA